ACUACAUUAAGAAGAAAGUUAGCGAUAAUUUAAAAGGAUACAUUUUAGAGUACGGUUCUCAUAUUUAUUGUUUGCAUAUAACACCACCUCGAGCAUACCAUCAUGGCCCAAGUGGGAAAGAUAUCUUCACAAGAGGGAAUUAGUUCUCUCGAAGAUGAUGAAGAUACUUUCAUAUUUAAUCGUAGGGAAGCCAUCGAGAUAAAAUCAGCCAAAGAAUCUGCUGAUUACGAGUUUAAGAAGGAAAGAACAUCCAAAUACUGGAUUCAUGGAAUAAAGCUUCCUCAUACAGUCGUGAAAUAUGUACCCGAAGAAGAAGGUACGAAAAUGAGAGUAUAUGGUGACAAUAGUGAUAGUGCAGUAUUCGAGCCACAAAUCUUUGUUCAACCUAUUGAUAAUGAUGUGUUUGCAGGAACUACUACUGCAACCGCAGGCAUAAAGAACCACGCGGUCCUAGACGACUUACCAAGUGAAAUACUUGCGAAGGCAGAGGCACCGCAGGGAUUUUCAGGAUACUACUCUAUCCCCAAGGCUACAGUAAACUUUCCACGAUCACCUAAAGACCCUGUAUUGAAUGCAAGAAUGAGAAAAAAGGUCCCAAAAUUGACUUAUCAUAAUUAUUUCAAUUUAAAUGGUUUUGUAUAUUCUUUUGGAGGAUUGUAUACUACAAACUUCUUGGAUCUCAAAUAUUUGGGAAUUCCGAAUGAUGUUAAUCUUGACAUGAUUUCAGUGCACCUACCAUGUGAUUUGCCGCCAUAUUUGGAUAGAAAUAUACUCAUGAAUCCAUUUAUGAGAACGAACCCUCAUUUAAUUGAAACUCUGAAUGCAAGAGGUACCAUUAAAUACUUGGAUGAAAAUGCAUCUACGCCAUACCCAAAGCAUAUAUCUGGAAUGACGGCGUGUCAAUUAUCAAAGGCACAAAUUUUCUUUUAUGGUGGGUUUGAAAUAAAAGUCACAUCUACAAAAUAUAACCCAAACAUUGAUAGAUGGAUUAUUGAAAAACAAGUCUUAUUGAAUUCAAAUGGCUAUAUAUUUGAUACAUUCACCUCAUCAUUUUCUAAAGUGGAACUCAAUUGGAAGAAUGGGCAAUCUGUUCCGGGAAGAAUUGGUAAUGCUAUUGAAGCACUGAUUUAUGAACAAUCAUUUGAAAGUAUUACACCCGAAGUUCCACAAAGUUAUAAGGAGAGUCAUGUUCCACUGCCUCCUGUGUUUGGAAAUAAUAGCAGUAGUAGCAGUAGUGUUAUGUCUGAUGUGUCAACAUACCCAAGAAUGCAACUGCCACUCCCAUCGUCUCCGCUUCAACAUGAAUCUACACCCCCCAAACAGACAAAUACACGCUUGAGAGUCCAGGAAAUUGAAACAAAUACAAGUACAAGUAGUGGCUCUUCGUCUCGACUUGAGGUAACAAAUGUCACUACUAUAAAUCAAGUUACACAACAACAACAACAACAACAACAACAACAACAACAACAAUCAUCAAGUCCAACGACCCCUGUUCCAGUAGAAACUGGUGGUGCAACAACUCAAGGACCUAAAACCAGUUCGCAGUCAGCAGCGGUGAAACAAACUACCGUUGAACAACUAAAAUCACCAACUGUGAGUAGACUAAACAGUUCCGCAUCAACUGGGAAUUCUAAGGUCGCCAAUGUAUUGGGUAAAUCUGCUAAACUCUUCCAUAGAAGUCACCAAAAGAGCACAUCUUCAUCGGCAAGUUCUGCUACUUCUUCGAAUCACUUGAAAAACACAUAUUCGAAACAGGUUAAACAACAUCGGUCAAAUUCAAAUCAUAGUAGUAGACCAGUUUCUCCAGUUUUAAAGGUUGCGCUGCCAACACCUGUACAUCCCAAACAGAAUAUGUCUCGUUUGAAUACAGAUCAGACAUGGCAAGCAGGUACGUCGUCAUCUUCAGCUAGUGGCUCAGUAAAUAAGAAGGGUAUUCCAGCAUAUUUAUCACCCACAGGUGCUACUGAUUUGAGUUUUGAGGUGAAAUCGCCCCCAGGAACCCCAGCUGUACAAGGUGGUAGUAACACCCCAGAUCAAAAACUAGCUGCAUUUAGUCCUUUAUGGACACACGAAAGACGUUCCAAAGAAGCCACUACUGAAAAUGCUGUGAAUACUACAGGAUUUGUGAGUGUAUGUGUAUUCAUUUUUGGUGGCUUUAAAUCAAAAGAUGGAGACUCGCCUUAUGUUACAGCUUUCGAAGCUACAGAUGAGUUUUUGAAGAUAGAUUUGUUGAUUCAACUGUCUUCGUAUAAUUACUUGGAUUUUGGUGAUCUGGCUAAUGUCUUUAAAGUGGGAACCGGGGCCGAUAUAAGGAAGGAAUUAUGGCCGACCCCAAGAGGAUAUUUUGCCAGUGCAUUGAUUGAUGUGAAUUCUUCCAUGGAAGAUAAUUGUCAAAUAAAGUUAUACGCAGCUUCAUCGACAAGUGAUGCGAUUGAAGAUUCUGGAGAUGAAUUAAACAAUUCAAUACCAUCAUCAUCGAGACAAUCUACCCUGUCCACUCGCAAAAAUGUAAGAACUUUAGAAAAUUAUUUUAGUGGGAAGGCUUUACUCGUACAAGGUGGUUGUAAUGAAGAUUAUGAAACAUUUAGUGAUUUUUAUUUAUUUAUUUUUGACACUGGGAAAUGGCAAAGUAUGUCAACAUAUGCGUAUGAUUACUUUGAUUCGCCACUUAAGCCAUGGGAGGAUGAAAAUAUUCUUAACCUCACACCAGAAAAGAUUGAACAAGAUGCAGAUUUAGUAGAAGCUGAACUUCGGUCAUGCCAUCAUCAAACAUUGUACUUCAAAAACGAAGAACGAGAUUAUCUUUUCUUCAUUGGUGGCUUUAAUAACGAUUAUUUACGACAAUAUGAUCCAGUACCAUAUGAAAGUGAUAAAUUUGAUGUACUGAGGUUGUCAAGAUUUCAAUUUGCGGGACAAAACAAUUUCAUAUCUAGAAUUAUGAUUUUAAAUCUACAAACUCAAACAUGGAGGUUUUUAAGAUAUUUCUACGAUGUGCGGCAUGUUAUUAAUGACUCCUUUUUAACUCAAUUGAAGGAAAAUCCUGGUUGGAUUAAUGCUCGUAUUUGUAAUGUUGGGGGUAGUAUGUCAUUAAAUGGUAAGACACUUACCAUUGGUCAUGGAUUAAUGGUUCCUGUUCCAGAAAAAACAGAAGAUUUUGAGGCAUUUAAAGAGAGAUAUGGAAGCGCAUUGUUAUGGGGAGGUCAUUUUACUUGGACAUUCCCUAGUUUAUAGACUGCUAAUUAAUAUUAUCAUGCAAAAUGCAUUAUCAAGAGGUAUUGUAAUUUUCCCUCUUUGUGUAGUGUUACAUAAGCGUUGCCGAAAUUCUUUGAUGAAAAAUAAAAAAAAAUUAAAAAAAAUUAAAAAAUUUGGGGAGAGAACUAAAGUGAU